UCAAAAUCUCUCAUGCCCCCUAUCACGCCCAGCCGUGAAAGGUUUAAUUUAUCUUCUCCAUUUACAGUGUGGCCGACAACGAGCCAUCUGAUUGGUCGUUUGUCACCCCACCUAACUCCGUGUCAAUCCCAUCUUGUCAAGCAAAGCACAUUUCGUGUGUCUUGUUGGAGCUGUUCGAAUCAUGCAAGCAACACAAAACAAUCUGGGUUUAUUUCGCGUUUUCAAACCAACGAUUCUUUUCCACGCACCUCCGCUGCCGACUCUACAACAGAUCUUUCGUCCACCCGAGCUUGGAAAUUCGCCAUCGCUUUGGAAGCAGCCAGUAGGACCGCUUGGCUUUGCUGCUGCUUUUACUACAACGCCUCCACCCCCUGUUAAUGUCCAAGCGUCUCCGAUGAGUUUUGAUUCUCAGGCUGUCAUUCCUUCUCUUUGUGUCGUGCCACAAAAUUCUGAUCAACCGACCAAACAUUUUAAAUCCGGUGCGUCCGUCCUACAACUGCUGGAGGAAUCGGUCGAAAAAUCGAACGCUUGUGUCCCAAACUUGAAUGGAAAAGGAAGAAAGAAGAAAUACCCUUGCCCGUUAUGCGACAUACGAUGCAGCAACAACGGACAGCUUCAAGGUCACUUAAGAAUUCACACUGGAGAAAAGCCUUUUCAAUGUACUUUUGAUGGCUGCGAUAGACGAUUCGCUCGCAACGAGGAAUUGACGCGCCACAAACGCAUUCACACCGGUGUUCGGCCUCACAAGUGCGAAAUAUGCAAUAAGGCGUUUGGACGAAAAGAUCAUUUGAGCAAACAUCAAAAGACACAUCUACAAAAUUCCGAGAAAAAAGUAUUUACGUGUGUUGUGUUAGGUUGCGGUCAAAAAUACAGUCGCUCUGAUGCCUUAACAAGACACCAGUGGACUGCUCAUUCUCUGACAAAGGCUACUUCUCGGGCAAUCAAACGCCUGCCGCGUGAUCAGCAUCUUUUAAAGGCUAUGAAUCCAUGUUCAGUCUCGGCCAAUGGUGCGUGGUUGAGCUCGUAAGACACCGACUAACUAACCGUCCGGCCUUGAUCUGAUUUGUUUAUUGUGACAUAACAGUGAAAUAUUAAUGGGUCUCCCGAGAAACGUCAGAAACUCAUAAGCACGUCCGCAGACAGUCAGAGUGGGAGACCGAAAAAACAAGCACGAGUUGCAACUGUUUCGUCAGCAAAAUUGUUUUAUUAUGGAAGCUAAAGUACAUUAAAGGUGCUAUCAUCGCCUUGUUGCAUUUAUUACACGCUUUCAUGGUGGUAUUGAGGCUUGGGAGCGCGACCUUAUCUGUGAAAUUUAAUAUCCUUCGGACAAGUCUCAAUUCACCACUUGAUGCCCUGGGGUUUUUUUUUAUCAAAACGCCGGCUGGCUUUGACAUGCGAAGAUGUGGUGAAACAUUUUGUAAACAUCGAAACAAAUAACAGUUACAGCGAGUUUUGAGAAAGUCUUGAGUGUUGUGAAUGCUCUUUCUCUCUAUAGAUGUUUAUUUACUAUAACAGAACAAUUUCACUCAAAUUUGCAAAUCAGGCAUGCUCAAAGUCAAUUAAGAAUUCUAUUAAGAAAAGUGUUAGCUAACGUGUUCAUUAGCAAAUAACAAUAGACUUGUUAUCUUUUGCAAUCUAUUGUGCCACUUAACGCCAUUUUCCCCCACAAUUUUAUUAUUUGUCAGUCAAUGAAAGAAAAACAACCGCAUUUGACAAAAUGACGCCCGUCCGAAACACACAAUGGAUUUUCCGUGGGAAAAAUCAUAGACAAAAGAAUCAUUUAAUGACGAUCGCCUGUACUCGUAAAAAGUUAAUAAAAGUAA